CUUCACCGCCCCCCCCCAGCCUCCACUGGGAAAGGAAGUGUCUACGUGGCCUGCGGAAAUAGGAUAGGCGGAAAUGAGCUCAGGUUCCAGCGAGUGGGGAAGCGCGAGGUCAAAGUUAGGACCACGCCCCCGGGCCUGUUGCGCAAUUCUUGGAGCGGGAGGAAAAAAAGGCGCAGUGGGAAUUUUGAUGGGCGUGUGCGAGUAGGGGUAGUGAAUUUCACGGGCUCAAGGCAUUAAGACCCGGAUGCAAGUGCGCGAACUAGCUCGUGGGGUCUCGAAGUUUGGGCGUGAUCGCGCACCAGCCCACGUGGCGCCUGAAGUGGUGGGUGUGCGCAGGCGUGCGCCCCUGGCGUUGAGAGUGUGCACACAACGAAUAUGGGAACCAGAAUUUGAAUAUUACCAGCCUUCAGCCCAAGUCUGUAACAAGCCUCAAGCUGUUACCCUGGGUAGAGUGCCAUGGCAUCAAAGCUCACAGCAACCUCCAACUCCUGGGCUCAAGCGAGUCUCCUGCCUCCGCCUCCCAAGAAGCUGGGACUACAGGCGCCCUCCACAACGCCUGGCUGUUUUUUGGUUGCAGCUGUCAUUGUUGUUUGGUGGGCCUGGGCUGGAUUCAAAUCCGCCAGGUCAGGUAUAUGUGGCUGGCGCCUUAGCCGCUUUAGCCAUAGGCGCCGAGCCAUCUGAGAAAUUUCUAUUGGACAGAACAUGUCUCACAGCAGGUGAUCACUCUACUGUAGAAGAAAUGGGAUUAACAAACAAGAGUGAGGGAGAACAACAGCUCAAGCCCAACAACUCUGAUGCACCCAAUGAAGAUCAAGGAGAAGAAGUCCAACAGCAAGAAGAGGCAAGUUGUGUUUCAUUUCCAACUUAGUUAUGGGGACCUCUUAUAAUGCUUUUCUAGAAAGGCACCAAUGCCUGACUCUUAAAUUCUUAACUACCAAUUUGCGUUUGAUAAACUGGGGUACCUUCCUCUGGGGUUGGGUAAGAUCCAGGAGUAACCAUUACUACUUCUCAGAGCAAUCUCAUAUUGGCUAACUUGGUAAGGGUUUUUUUGUUGUUGUUGUUUUUGCAGUUUUUGGCCAGGGCUGGGUUUCAACCCGCCACCUCCAGCAUAUGGGGUCAGCACCCUACCCCUUUGAGCCACAGGCACCGCCCAUAAGAUCAACACACUUUUUUUUUUUUGCAGUUUUUUUGAUAAGGUUUUAAUGCUAGCUAACAUACCAUUCAGUGCUUACUCUGUGCAACACACUGAGCUAUGCACUUAAUCACUUCUGUACUGUUUCACAUGGACUGAUGUCCCAUUGGACAGAUAAGGAAACGGAAUUAAAGAGUUUCAAGUCUUAGCUUAACUGUUACUAGCUUGAGACUAGAAUCUGGGUCUCCUGACUGCCUGUCUAGUCCUUGCACCCUUAGAUGCAAGGUUGGGUCUUGGUUUAUGGGAGUUAGUAGGGGGGAAGGAGUCCAAAGGAGAAAGGAAGUGGGCCCCUCCCUAGUACUCACCAUGUGUU